UAUUAUCUACUAUUUCUUUAUUCUCGCCUUCUAUGGAAACUAAUUACUCAACAACUAAUUUAAGAGCUCCUCAUUUAAUGUCUAACCUCAACAUUGUUUGCUGCCCAAGAAUCUUUGCCUGCAACACUGACUCUCCCAGUUAAUACUAACAGAAAUAGGUAAGCAUCGGAUACCGAUUUGCCUACCUUUGCUCUCGAUAUAUAUUUUGUUUUUUUUUUAUGGUGCAGAAUAAGUACAUGGAUUUUGAUGAGAGUUGGUGAGAUCCGAGGGUAGGAAAAGAGAAGAGGAAGGGAAAUUAUGUAAGGAGAAGGAAUGGAUGGAAAAGGAAGAGAAGAAGAAGCUUCUAAGGAUGUAAACAUGUUAUCUGGUUGUUCUUCGCAUCACCGGCGCUCGCAAAGUGCUUCUGAUAGGAACUUGGAUCUGUUGAAACAUGGAGUUUCGCACUGCAGAGGUAAAGAAUGCAAUCAAUCUCAGGAUUUCAUGAAUGUUGAGAAAUCUCGCGGAACUCACGGUUCUGUUUAUCACGACUCAAGCGAUGCUUUGAUAAAGGCUUCACCUAAGCACCGCAAUUCCUUGGAGAACGAUAUCAAGCAACUUCAAGUGAACUUGCAUCAGGAGAGAUCCAUCCGUACCAUGCUUGAGAGGGCGAUCGGCCGAGCUUCUAGUACAUUAUCUCCAGGACAUAGGCAUUUCUCUGCUCAGACAAGGGAACUCAUAGCGGAGAUCGAGCUACUUGAAGAAGAGAUAGCACAUCGCGAGCAACACGUUCUUUCUCUGUACAGAAGCAUUUUCGAGCAAUGUGUUAGUGGGCCUUCGUCAGCGCAGAGUUCAGGCAUGGCUUCUCCUGCACACACUAGCAACAAAUCGAGGAAGCACCCGAGCAUAAUAUCGAGUGCGUUUUGCUCGUCAAAGAAGUUUCCCCUGCAAUCUUUCAACAUUCUUCCUUCCAAAAAGGAGUCCGAAAAGUGCAGGGUGUUGCCUAAGCCCAAGACACGGCAUGAAUCUUUAUCCGGUGAAAACUUGAGUAUACGUGCUGGAACCAUUUCUGCAGAUGCAAGGAAGUUGCCUAAUGCUGGAAGAAGUUGUUUGGCCCGUACUCUAAAAGAUCAUCUCCACCAAUGCCCGAACAAAAUAUCAGAAGAGAUGGUCCAAUGCAUGGCUUCCAUAUAUUGUUGGAUGCGCAGCGACUCAUCAGAGAAGACCGAAAAAGCCCGAUCCCCAUUCUUGUCUAGAUCAUCUACCAGUGUAGUGAACUCUCGAAGAGGCAACGGCGACGAACAUGUCUGGUCUAACAAAUGUACGGUGGAGAUCUCUUCGAUAUCAGCUGACAAAAAUCACUUGUCGAAUGCAUCUCAGGCCAUAAGCAGCUACAGGUUGCUAGUCGAGCAGCUUGAGAGAGUUGAUCUCAGUGUGUUGGAGACCGAAGCUAAAUUGGCAUUUUGGAUCAAUAUCUACAAUGCUCUCAUCAUGCAUUCAUAUUUAGCGUACGGUAUUCCCCAUAGUGCUCUGAGAAGGAUGGCGCUGUUUCAUAAGGCUGCGUACAACGUUGGAGGGCACAUCGUGACCGUCAAUUCUAUAGAGCAUUCCUUGUUAUGCUGCCGCACUCCGCGAAUUGGUCGAUGGUUCGAAAGCAUUCUUUCAACUACGAUGAGGAAGAGCAGUAGCGAGGAAAAGCAGCUUCUCGAAUCAAAGUGUGGUCUCUUUGAUUGCGAACCUCUUGUUUUCUUUGCAUUGUCUACUGGAGCUUCUUCUGAUCCAAUGCUGAGGUUAUAUACUGAAAAGAAUGUGAUAGAUGAGUUAGACAAGGCCACAAAGGAUUUCCUUCAAGCUAACGUGGUCGUCAAGAAAUCGAAGAGAGUUUAUCUACCCAAGAUUGUUGAUAGGUACGCAAAAGGGGCUUCUCUUAGCUGCGAUCAACUUCUUACAUGGAUAUCAGAGAACGUCGACGAUAAGCUGCACGAUGCGAUCCAGAAGUGCUUAGAUUCACAGAACAAAAAAAAGGCCUCGCAGAUCAUUGAAUGGUUGCCUUAUAAUACAAGGUUUCGAUAUGUCUUCGCAAAGAACUUGACGGAGAAGACAUGGUGGGUAUGAGUUUUUGUUUUUUUUCCGCUGACGGUCCUGAAAUUUGCAAAAGUUUUGUAACUGACCCACAGAACAAAUGCUGUCGUUGUAAAGUAAAUCGCGAUUCCUUAGUGCCAAGUGAAUUUCUUUUUUCUCUCCGCCA